UCAGAUCUGUGGACACUUUGUCGCUAAGAUGGGAGUUCCAUUAUGUAAGCAACCUUACCCAAGUAACACCAACACACCUGUUCCAACGGAAACCCCACAGGAAAAACCUGAGCCUGAUAAAUACUUAAACCAACAUCAAGCUUCCACGCAGUGUGAAGAGAUAGAGCACAACCUGUUUUCGAGAAGAUAUUGCAGAAUACAUCCCUCCAAACUAGAGGAUUUACUCUGUAAAGAAUGCCAGACACCUGUGUGUUCACAGUGUAUCACACAUGGCCUUCAUCAAAAUCACCACUUCUUGAACUUGGAGUUGACUUUCCAUGAGGCUUUAGAAAAAUGCCACUAUGCUGUGCUUAUCCUUGAGAGUACCCGUAUUCCAAAAUCACAGAGAAAAAUUGAAGAGAUAAAAGAUAACGAAGAAACCAUGAAUAGAAGAAUUGAAUACACUCGUUCCUCUAUGAAAGAAUGUGCGAUAGCAAUAAAGAAAAUGGUAGACGAUAUAGAGACCGAGCUAUCAAAGAAAAUUGAUGUUCUGAAGAUUUCUAUGACAGAAGGAUUUCAAGAACAAAAGAAGAUGAUGAAUACUUAUUUAUCUGAUCUCCAAAGAGCCCGCGAUGAGUAUAAGUAUCAAAUAGAGGCUAACGAACCAAGAAGUCUGAUUUCAUAUCACAAUCAAGGAAAAUUGGCCCUGUUAGAGAUCGAGCCGAAACUACCAAUCAUUCAGAGCUGUGAAUUUAUUCCAGGUCAAAUUAAACUGAAUGGAAUCCAAAACAUUUUUGGAAAACUACAGAUUGGCUCUGAGGAUAUGAAAUCUGACGAGCUCUCUAUUUUGGACGAAGAUAUGUACAUGGAAGAAAACACGAUGCCUACUUUCAUCAUGGUCAGGGAAAUUCCAAUGACCAAACUUGGCUUAAAUUGCUGCUAUCACAUCUCGGGCCACAUCUCGGGGUAUCUGUGGUUGAGCGAUGAUAUGGGAAACAUUGUCAAAUCUGACAUGAAUGGAAACCCUCUUCUCAAAAUGGCCACACCUAAUUCUGUAGACGGUUACCACACCGUAUCCAGAGAUGGGGAUUUAUUUUACGUUGAAAAGGACAAAAGUACCAUCGUUAAAGUAACGCCAGGAAGGGCAGUAGAGACGUUUAUAAAUACUGAAGAUUGGGAACCAGUUAGUAUCUAUUGCUCAAAAAUAAAUGAUGACGUCAUUGUUGGAUUGCGUAAAAACAAAGAAGCAAAGGUGACGAAAUACGAAAAAUUCGGAAUGAGACUGAAAGAUUUUCACAGAGACAAAGAAGGAAACCUGUUUCAAUGGCCUCAUUUUCUAACAGAAAACAAAAAUGGAGAUAUCUGUGUAUCGGACUUUGGAAGGGAAGCCCUCAUAGUCGUAAAAAUGACAGGAAACAUACGCUGUGUUUACAAAGGAAAGAAGAAUCAAUCAACCUUUCUACCGUACGGUGUCUGUACUGAUUCAUCCGGGCGUAUCUUCGUCACAAAUGGCGAUUCUUUUGACAUUGGAAACAGCAGUAUCCACGUUCUGGAUCAAAAGGGUCACUUCCUUUUUUUCUUUGUCUGCUCACCCGAGUUGACAUGUCCUGCUGGCAUUUGGGUGGAUGAGGACGGGAAAAUAUACUGUGGCAGCCAUUCCUCUCUGUCCAAAUCAAUUUGCGUUUACCGAUAUAUUGAGCAAGGAAAAGUAAACAGAAAUCUGUUAGAAGAAAUGGAUUAGCAAAUUUGAUCAUUAAGAUAUUU